UUGACUCCUUUAGAAAUUGCCAUAAAACCUUUAAAAGACAUCAUCGGCUGGAACUGGGAUCUGAUGAAUCCCACAAAAUCAGCACCUGCUGCAGAACAGAUGCCCUCAUCACCAAGAACUUGUUUUCUGGAUAUGCCACAGAAGGAUCCGUGCCAGAAACAAGCCUGUGAAAUACAGAAAUGUUUACAAGCCAAUAACUACAUGGAAUCCAAGUGUCAGGCUGUCAUCCAAGAACUGCGUAAGUGUUGUGCUCAGUAUGCCAAGGGAAGAUCACUCGUCUGUUCAGGAUUUGAAAAAGAAGAGGAAGAAAACCUGACACUGAAGUCUGCAUCAAAGUAAAGUUCUGCUGAGAAGUUAAAUGCUGCUCCAUGUUUCCACCAAGCGAGUUUUAUUUAUCUUCUUGACUUGUUCAGGCCAGGUAGCAGCAAAUGACAAAUGAAAAAUGCAACUAUUAAAGUUAACAAAUAUGCCAUCUAUGCAGAACAGGCAAAAUAAUAUAAAUAUAUUAAAGACAAAUAUGUAGAAUGUAAUAAAACUGAGCUGCUAAAAUAAACAAGUGAAA